GGGCGGUGUGCGGGGAGACCCUGAUAUGGAAAAGAAGAUGGAUAGACAAGACAGGUGCCAUAUUUUGGCUGGGUAGUAGCCCUUGUACAACCAUAGCUUUAUGUAUUACUAAAUUAGUUCCAAAACCACUUUAUGUACACAUAUUAAAAUGAUUUUUAAAAAGCUAUCUCUCAGUCAUCUCCAUUUAAAGGGGAGUGUCUGGUAGCAAACCAAGGAAAGAUUUGAGACCCUUGAGAAUGUCUGCCAGUGUGUAAUCAGUACACUGAAUGAAGAUUCGAUGCUCAGCAUCAUUUUAAGUAGCUCCUUUAAAAAAUAUUUGCUCUGGAAAACAUGAACAAAAAUCACAGGUUUCAUAAAAAGGGAUAAGCGUUAUGCUGAGCAGAGAUAGGGAAAUGAAGCCAUGAUGGAAACAGAUGAAACUCAAACACUUUGAAAGGGGAUUGUGCCUUUCACGUGAAAUUGAAUAUUACAGGCAAGGAUGCAGGGAAAUAUAAUAGUAUAUAAGGGAUUUCUGUCUAUGGCAGGAAAAGGUUCAGUUACAAGAAUAUUGUCCUGAUUGCUAGUGGUAUUCAGUGAAAUGCUUCUAGGAAUCAUCUGCUUGCACAGAUGGUGUGUGUUUCACCUUCCUGAAGGUUUGUCAUAAAAGGGCAUUUGCCUGUGACUGGCGGAUGAGGUGGUAGUACUUUCAGAAUGCAGCUUGAGUGGUGAACAGUCUGUGGGAGGGGCUUAAUGCUGAGUGGGUGGGUUUACCUGGUUGCUAGGUGAUGAUUGUGAUCUAAGGGACCAGGAUUAAUCUCAAAUGAGUCCAGAUAAGUGAUCUGAUGAAUGGGUACCAUUCAAGUCUCUUGUUAUUCUCACCAUGACAUACUCAUUAGAAUUUGGCCUUGUUAAUGCGGCCAACCGGUACCUGACUGCUGAACCUUUCCGUUUCCAGGUGGCAGCCACAGGCAAGCAACUGAAGCCUCGCCAGUUGUGGAUACUGCAGUUUGUGAGCCCACAGGGAGCUGGGGCAGCUGGCCCAGGAGAAGGAGCUGGCCAAAAGCUUCACCUGAUCAGUGCACUGAAACGCUACUUGGCGGCUGACGCAAAUGGAAAAGUCACCUGUGACCAGGACAAACCAGGGCCUCAGACCUUCUUUCUCUUGCAUCAGUAUCCAGAUGGCAAGGUGUCCUUGCAAAAUGAACAGUCCAAGCGCUACCUGGGUGGAGCAGAGGAGAAUGUCACUUGCUUUGCCCAAGCUGCCAGCGAAACCGAAAAGUGGACCCUCCACCUGGCUGUGCACCCCAAUGUUGCCAUGUACAGCCCCAACAGGAAGCGUUAUGUGCGGUGUGAUGAUAAAACUGGGGUGCUGCGCUGUGACCGUGAAAUGCCCUGGGGGGCUGAAUCAGUCAUCACUAUCUACUAUGAUUUCAGAGGUCUGGAGUCCAAUGGUGAGAGAAGGCAAUUUUCCCCAUACAUACCAGCAAAGAAGUAUGGAUUGAGGAAUGGGGCUGGCAAACUGUUGGCUUCCAAUGGCUCACUGGUGCCAGAUGUCACCCCACAAACUUUGUACUCCCUGGAGGUGCAUGGCGGCUUGGUCGCUCUGCGGGAUGAGGAGGGAAAGUACUUGACUGGACGAGAGGGUAGCAUGAGAACUGUAAAGAUGGACAAACCUGGACGGGAGGAACUCUUCAGCAUGGAAUCCAGCCCUGCCCAGGUCUCAAUGCGCUCUACUUCUACUAACAAGUUCAUUUGCUGCAGGCCAGGUGCCGAUCUCUAUGCCAAUGCUGUGGCUGUUGGCAACACAGAGAUCUUCCAGGUGCUGUUUGAUGACACCACAAAGAAGGUCUGCUUCCGUAGCCACAGCGGCGCAUAUAUGUCCUUGGGUCCUAAUGACUGUAUUAACAGCAACACCAAACAGGACAGGAAUGUCUGGUUCGACAUCCAGUACCAAGACCAAAAGGUGUGUCUCCGCAUAGCAGACAAGCACGUGUCCAUGCGGCCCAAUGGACAGCUCCUGGCAAUUCCCAAAGCUGCAGGGAAGUGUGAAGAUUUCCUGCUGGUGCUGGUGAACCGGCCACUGCUCGUCCUGCACAGUGAUGCUGGCUACGUGGGUCUGAGUUCUGACACGAAGUUGGAAGGGAACUGUGUCAGCUAUGUUGCCAGCAGCCUGUCACUCACCGAGGAAGGCUACUACAACUUCCAAGUUGGCAGCAAGUACUGGGCUCUGGAUAAAGAUGGACAAAUCUUGGCAAGCAGUGACCGUCCCAGCAAUUUCACCAUCCAGUUUGCAUCCUCCAGCUGCCUGAUCAUCAAAGCACCCAACAACAAGUUUCUUAUGGCUGAGCAAGGAGGCCGACUGUGGGCAGGGGCUUCAGAAGCAUCUGGAGCAACACUGUUCCAUUUCUGAGAGCAUCUGACCCUGCUCUUCCCACCAAUAAACUUUUUCUGUCUGGGCUUACUUUAUGCUUAUCUCAACUGAUGCCCAAUUGGCCCCUCUUGGAAAUGACCCUUCCUCCGUAAAUCCUCCCUCACACAGGGCAUACUUGAACUCUAAAUGAAAGCUCUGCUUCCUACAGCAGACCCAAGCCAGGACCCUUUCAUGUGAAUGUCCUUAUGCAAAAACUUUCUGUGCCCAUGAGCUCCCUUCUGAACCGCCUUCAUGCAGUUAGGAUGAUUUGCAAAGCCUCAGUUAUCUUAAAGAUGUAUACCUCUCUUCAGUCCAAGAGGGGUCCCCCAUGCUUCUAGGAGCACUGCUGUUCUCCCAGUGUACCAAUGUUUGUCUGAAGCUCCACAUAGCUGCAGUAGUUUAAAAAUAAAUAUUUAUUCCAAGGAUGCAGUAGAAAACCAAGUAUCACAAACUCAAUACACACCAAUAACAACACUGAUUUGGGGGGAAGGGGCACAAGGCCUGCUGCCUUUAUCCCUACCCCCAUUCAGGAAGAGGGCACAGGAGGUAACACAACAGUUAGGGAGGAUGAGCAAGACUGCAUCCUGAGUCACUGCACACAUGCUAGAGUCUUGAGUUGUUAGAAUGUACCACGCUGGGGAAUUCAAAGGACACACCAGCUGCAGGCAAAGUCUGAUUAUUAGGUGGCAUUCACUGGCCCAUAGUCUUUUGACUUGUGAGAGUCAAUUACCCAAGGUACAAAGUUGGAAUGGAUCAAUUGGCGCCCUCCAGGAGGAUUGCAAGCUUAGUUAGGGUGUGUGGGUCUGUCAUCUCAUGAAAACUCUUUCCAGACACUGUAGACCCUGCUAAUGGUGCUCUACCUGAAUGAGCUUGAAAUGAGAAGCUGAGACGCCUUCUUUCAGCUUACUGGGGGAAUUGGACCCACACCUCAUCCUGUCCCGGCCACAGAAAUGGAGGGUUCAUGCAGCCUCUCUCCAAUCUGAAGAGCACAUGGUUCCAUACAUUGCAGCCCACAAAGGUUCUCAGUAAGAGUCCAAACUGCAGAAAAUAGAGAGCGAAAAGUGAGGAUCUUGGCAACAGCGACAGCGAAUACCUCUGCCUACUUACAGUGGAACAAACUGAACACCUAUUCCAAGGAUGGGGAACCUGCAGCCCUCCAGAUGUUGGAAUCCAACUCCCACCAUGGCCAAUAGUGAUGAUGGAAGUUGUUGUCUAGCAACAUCUGGGGAGCCCAUGGGUACUUUAUCCCUGUUCUAUUCCAUUGAUUCCCCUGUUUGAAGAAACAAGCCAACCGACAUAAAUAUAUGUCACCUGUGCAAUUUAGCAUUACAUCGUUGAGCCUGACUCAAUUAGAAAAAGAAUGUCAAACUUGUAUGCUCUCCCACAACAGCCAAGGGGGACUUCAGCAGGAUUUUAUGUUUUCUAUUUAAUUCUACUUUUAAAGAAUCCUAGCUUAGCAUUAUGUCUGAACCAGGAAUCCUAGUUUAAAACUCUUGUAAGUACCAUAAUAAAUCAACUUCAAACAAUGGGUUAUGAAGUUGGCUUCAUAACCAACAGUAUACCAAUUUCCAGAGAGUAUAACAGAAAGGUUUGCAUUCAACACAGUGCUAAGAAGAAAGAUUUCUACUUGUGCAAUCGAACAUUUCCCCCACCGCAUGCCCCUUAAAUCUGCUCUGGGAAUGGCAUGGGGCACAGAAGUCCCAGUGUACUAAUACUAGUCCUUGCACUAGUGUGGAUAUUUGGUUGAAUAUUGUCCAGUCUUUGGGGGACAUUAAAGGCUAAACGAACACAUUUAUUACAGCUUAAGCUAGUCCAUGAAAAAUGUAUGCCAUAACUAAUUUGUUACUUUUUAAUGUGCCACAGGACUUUUGUUGUUUUAAACCAGGAUCCUUGGUUCCAACAUGAUGCUAAAUGGGGGUUGUUUAAAAGUGAAAGUAAAUCCUCCCAAGUCCUCCUCCCAGCUAUAAAGGAAGAGGGUAUGGGGACUCGCACACGAGCCUGAAACUUCAUUUACUAAAUCCAACAUUACAUGUAUAUACAGUGUCUUAAAAAAUAAAAUCUAAUCAAUGCACAUAAAAAAAUAUUUCCCUAAAAUGCCAUAAUGGUAAGCAAGUAAAGUACCUGGAGAAGGCAGCCAGAGUGAGAACACCCAGUAACAGCUCCACAGCAUAGAAGAGGAGGAGGAUAGCAUUAAGGAUGGCCUCCAGCCGCAGAGCAUAAGUCUGCAGCAGCAGAUAGUAGGCUGCCAUCACCGCUGCUGGGAAGGUUAAAGCCAGACUGAUAGCAAGUGGCACUUUCCGUUGACAGAGGUUCCCUUUUGAGCC